AAGUAAAGAUCAGGAAAUAAUUGAGGAAAUAAAAAUCAGUGCUUCUAACUGAGCACAUGGUGGCAGUAGAACACAAUGUCACACCACAAACUGCUUUAGGACUUAAAGGAUGGUAACCACCCACCAUCAAGGUUUCGGGAAUCCACAUCUCGAUUCUUUUUCUAAUCUUAUUUUACUACAGAAUUUGCCACAGGUCUUGGGAGGCACCGUCUAAUCUUGGAUAGCUACAGCACCAUUCACCUUCUUGACAAAACAAGAAUCUAGAAAGAAGAUGUGGACUCAAUCAAGAUGGGAUUCACAUGGUGAAGAAAUGGUGACAGACAACGACACAAAGAAACCAUGUAAUUGGUUCUACCUGGAUGAAUUGGGUACUUGGCACAUGUUUCCGAAUGAUCACAUGGGAGAAGGCUUUCUGACCAGUAAAGACAUUGAAAAAUAUUACACAAGUAAUCCAGAAGGUGUAUUACAGAUAUCAACAUCCAGAGGCAUAAACAAGCUGGAUUUUGCUGAGAUGAUGCUGACCGACGUCAAAACAGGAAAGCAGAGGCAAAUCAAACGAUCCCAUGAAAUUUGCCUAACAGAGUCUAGCAGAAGAUGCUGUUUGGAUAAAGGCAGUUCAAUGCCGUCACGUUGGGAAGUGAUGGACCCCAAACUUCCCUAUCAGAUCUUCUGCCUGAGGAGAGAGACAGAUGAGUAUAACCAUGUGGCAGACUUCAUAAAGAAAGAAGGGGAACUAGACCGACAGAUCAAAUCCAUCUGUAGAAUUCAGAACUUGGACCUCUGGGAAUUUUACUGUCGGAAAAAGACACAAUUGGGAAGGAUUCAAGGCACAACAAGUGUCAAGGAGAUGAAACUGUUUCAUGGGACAAAAGUCAGCAACAUACACACAAUCUGUACAUACAACUUUGACUGCAGGUUGGCUGGUAGCAAUGGUCAUAGUUAUGGGAAAGGAACCUACUUUGCGAGAUUUGCCUCAUAUGCAGAUAAAUUCAGUUUCUUCAACUCUGAUCCAGUACCUCUGUUUGGUGAGGCACCACAUGGCUAUUGGGGCCAAAGGACCAAAAUAAUGUUUCUGGCUCGGGUGAUAGUCGGUAAAUCAACAGCUGGAGAUUCCACAUUUCUCAAACCUGACCACAACAGUGCUAUCAACUUCCAUGACAGUUGUGUGGACAAUUUAAUGUACCCCAGAAUCUUUGUCAUAUUUGAUCCUUGUCAGAUUUAUCCAGAGUACCUAAUUCAGUACUAUUGAAAUAAAGUCGGAUACCUACUUUGAU